AUGAAGUUCACCGUCGCCUCCGCCGUGGCCUUCCUCGCCGCCGGCGCCUUUGCCGCCCCCGCCGCCCUCGAGGCCCGCGCGGGCAGAGACGGCUGCCCCGACUGGGCGCCCAACCCCAUGGGCUCGCCCGGCGACUACUGGUACCCCAUCUGCUGCGCCUACGUUAUUAGUGAUGGAUCAUGCUGCAACCGCCACCCGGAGAACGGCAUUACCUACGCCGGCAAGCCGUACCCGGCCUGCCCCAAGCCCAAGGCCUAG